AUGAUUCCUGAGAACUUGGUAAUGGCGAUUUUCUUCUUCUCCCAGACUGCUGUGGGAAUCCUAGUCAACUGGCUGCUUCUACUUCAUUAUUGCUUUUACUCUGUAUUUACUGGACAGAAUUUGAUGCCCAAAGACCUGAUUGUAAACCACUUGACUUUUGCCAACUUUUUGACUAUUAUCUCAAGAGGAAUACCUCAGACCAUGGCAGAGUUUGGGUUGAAAUAUUUUCUGAAUGACCUUGUGUGUAAACUUGUGGUGUAUGUUUACCGGGUGUCCCGGGGAAUCUCCCUGUACACCACGUGCCUCCUGAGCUGCUUCCAGGUGCUCACCAUCAGCCGGGGCAACACCAGGUGGGUGAGGCUUAAACACAGAGCCUCCAAGUACAUCCGCCUCUCCUGCUCACUCAGCUGGCUUGUGCAUCUGCUGCUAAACGUCAUGAUCCCCAUGAGAGUGACCAGCUCUGCUAACAGCAGGAAUGGUACAAAAAGAUUCACUUUUGGGUACUGCUCUGGCUUUGUCUCUGGCACUGUGGCCACUCCACUGUAUAUGUCCAUACUCUGCAUCACUGAUGUUCUGUGUUUGGGGCUCAUGGCCUGGGCCAGUGGCUCCAUGGUGAGCCUCCUCUACAGACACAAGAGGCAAGUUCAGUACCUCCGCGGUGCCCAGCACUCUUCUCAACUGUCCCCAGAGACCAGAGCCACCCAAACCAUCCUGAUCCUAGUGUGCACUUAUGCUGCCUUCUACUCAAUGUCUUCCAUCCUGGUACUCUACACAGCAUUCUUUAGCAAUCCAAAACUCUGGCUAAUCAACACAUUCAUAUUACUAGAAACAUGUUUUCCCACGGUGAGCCCAUUUGUCCUUUUCAGUAACAACAACUCUGCCGCCAAGCUCUAUUUUCCCUACUGGGGGAAAAGAUAA